CAAGAUGGUGUCUGUACUCCAAAAUGUCAAGACAACAACGGGCUGGCGGAAACACCAGCCUCUAGCUGACAUCAGUGAGAAUGAGAGCCCUGUGCCUGACAAAUUCAAGAGAAGGGCCUCUCUGAGUUCUCUCAAUACCAUACGCAUGUGUCUAAGAAAGCGAAUACCUUUAAAGCAAGUACAGCCGCAUUUCCAUGAGACUCCAACUUGGGAAAGUCUGGAAAGAAAAGACAAGUACCAGACUCUCCAGAGUAUUAGAAGAACAGCAAGAAACACUUUGGGAUCAGUGUCCCAGAAAAUACGGAAGUCUUGCCAAAACCCACUAAACUCACUAGUGGCCUUUCCAAACAAAACCAUUGCCAGAAGAAGCUGUGCAGCCAGUUCUUCCAAGAAGAAAAGCACUCCACCUCAAACUCCUUGCCAUAAUAACAGUGUUACUCCAGCAGCCAGUUCAAAAAGCACCCCAAGAUCCAGCAAGAGAGCCUUGCUUGGGCCAAUGAGGGUGACAGAGCAGAGAGAAUGGAGGAGUUUCUCUUGCUGGCUUGGUAAGGAUGCUGUCCCACUUCGAAGAUCAAGGAGAGCAGCAGCACUAAAGAGUCCUUAUUCAUCACCCUCGGCCAACAGAAAGACAGAAUUUGACUGCAAGUUGGAACUGGUCUCCUCAGGGAUUUGCCAACUGAAGUGUCUCUCCCAGGUGUUUGAGGGUGCUGUGCGAGAAGAGAGGUAA